UUGCAGCACGAUAGCAAGCCUGUACGAGUAGCUGGGCCGUUUGACUAUGGCUUCUCUGUUGUAUACAAGCGAAUUAACUUAAUUUUAGCGAAUAAGUUACUCUAAGUGACCACUACAAUAGUUCGAUGGCAGACUGCAAGCUUGCGACAAGUUCAAGCAGUCAUUUAAAAACAACCACUCCAACAUCAUCAAACUCGUCGGUCUGAAGCCUAACUUAUCACAGACAUGGCAAGAAUCGCCGAAGAUGACAUUUUGGACGACGACAUUCAGGGAAAGGAUGACUAUGAGCUUGACCUUGCUGACGAGGAUGCAUUACUUGGUUUGGAUGAGGACGAAGCACACUCAUCUGGUGGUUCACGUGAUCACGCAGCAGAAAAUGUGUCCAACAUACAGUAUGUGGAUGAGGAAGGAAACCCUGUGGCAGUCCAUGAUGGUGACAGCCUUGAAAUAGUAGACGAGUACAGCUACAGUGAAGAAAGAACCAACGAUGAUGGAGAUGUGCUGGACGUUGACAUAGACCCAGACUUUGAUUCCCUGAUACAAGAUAAUGAAGAUCUUGAGAGUGUAUCAAGUCUGCAGCCCCGUUCCCAGCGACUUCGUCCCCCAAACCGGCCACAGAAGGCAGCCCAGACUGCAGCGCCAGCUCCCAAUGAGAAAACAGAGGAGCCCAUACCAUCACUGGUCAGUGAGCCAGCCCCUUCUCCAAGUCUGUCCUGUGCCGAGUCUGUUGAGAGGGAGUCCCUCAGACGUCUAGAAGACGAAGAGGAAGAGGAGGAGGAAGGGGGACGCAGAGGCCGCUUCCAGACUGAGAGGCGUGCAGGCACCGUGAUCGCCACUGUGUCAUCAAAGCGGCGGCAGGCCAUACCCGAUUCCCUAGAUGCAGUCAUCAGUCAGGAGGACGCUGCCAAGAUUGAUGCCUACCUUAGUCGUGAAGAUGAUAGACGGCAACCCAACCGGCGUGGACGGGGCCGUGGUGGCAACUUUAGAGGCCACAAUAACAAGAGAGGAGGUAAUGGAACUCCGAGAGGCGGCGGGCCUCCACGAGGCGGCGGGCCUCCACGAGGCGGCGGGGCUCCACGAGGCGGCGGGGCUCCACGGGGUGGCUAUCGUGGUGCUGCACAACAUAUCGAGCCAUGGGUGGCACCGCCCUUUGCCAUGCACACUCCAGGCCUCGUGCGAUUUGGGACACAAUCUCCACCCCAGCGAGCUUUUCACCCGGGAAAUGUGGCCAGUGCAGAGGGGCCACGGGGCAAGAUCUUUGUGAACCCUCAGUUCCGCAACGGUGCCGCUGGACUGGGACCUGGUGGGCAGAAUGAAGGAGCACACCUGGGCAUUCAGCCCUUUCAGAAUACACGGGGACCACCCCUUUUCGGGAACCAGCAGCCGGAGCCUUUCCUGCGACCCCCAUUUGUGUCACAGGGAGGGCCACCUCUUGUGCUGCGCACGGAGCCCUUUGUGUCGGCCGCCCUGCUCCAUCCAUCGCAGCAGCCACCACCUACACAUGUAGCCCGACCAAACCUGCCGCCCCAGCACUUCCCUCCUGCCCUGGAUCACUUCAUGAUAGCUGGACAGUCAGGUGGCUUUGAGGUGUCGGCUCAAGGCCCAAGGUCCUCUGAGUUUGGUGGACCACAGCCCCCUAUGGGAUCUGAUGCAUUUCGGCAGACUCAGCCCUUGGACCCCUGGCGUUCCCCACCCACAGGCAGGACUCCUCCAGAUACUGUGCAACAAAACAAAUUACCUAUACGACCACAGCAGCAACCGCAUCAGCCUCAGCACCCGCAGCAGCAGUACCAUCAGCAACAGCAGCCACACCUUCACGGCCAAUUUGGAAACAUGUUUACCCCCGGGGCCCCCAUGCAUCACCAGCAGCAACAGCAGCAGCAGCACCAUCAGCAGCAACAGCAACACCAUCAACAGCAACACCAUCAACAGCCACAACACAAUCAACAGCUGCAGCACCAUCAACAGCCGCAGCAGCAGCCAGGUUCUCCACUGGGCAGCAGAGGCCACCCAUUCCAGACCAGUCCAGCAUACCAAGGCGGGCCCUUGCCAAGGGUGGCUGGAGGUCCACCCCAUAUGGCACACCAUCCGCAGGGACCAAACAUCUUGGAGCAGCAACAGCAUCGGCAGUUCCACCAGCCUCCGCCACCACAGAGCUCUGCUGCAGGAGGUCCGUUUCCUCCCAUGCAAGGGGGAGGCCCGCCACGCUAUACAGGUCCAGUGCAGGCAAGCACAGGCUUUGGUGUGCCACCUCGGUUUCAGCAGCCACCACCACGUGAGCCCUUCGGAAAGAGGCCUGCCCCUGCCCCACCUGUGGCUGUGCCACCCAAGGCAGCCCGUCUAGAAGCUCCACGCAUGCCUCGAAAGCCAAGCCAGGGUCCACCUGCCCGCACGGUGAACAAUGCCAACAUCAAAGAAGUGCCAAUCUUGGAUUUCCUGCCACCACCUGAACCCGAGAAGGCCACACUGCCUCCAGCAAUUGAAGAGGACGCAGCUACCCAAGAGCUUCGGCGGAAAAUUGAAGAGCAGAAGAAGCUGCGAGAGCAGGUGAUGCGUAUCAAGGAAGAACGUCGCAAGCUUGCUGCCAUGCAGCGACAGAAGAACUUAUUAGAGCAGCAGCUGCAGUCCACUGCACAACCACCAGUUGCCAGCACAGCACCCAGUGCUGCUGCAGGCACCUCAGCAGAGAAGCCACAGGCAGCUGCAGCCAGUGCAGGAGGAAGUGUGAAGCAGCGACUGGGCAUAAGGCCGGCGGCACCAGCUCCUGCACAGCAAGCCGAGUCUGCUCCUGUUUUAAAGAAGGUGGUCAUCGUGAGGCGAGCUGGACAGCAGCAGCAGCAGCAGCAGCAGCAGCAGCAGCAGCCACAAGUGCCUGGAGCAGCAAUGGCACCUCGAGCUCUUGGCCCUGCCAACCAAAUGAACACAGAGAUGGCGCCUCCACGUGGUAUGGGAAGUCUACGAGGCCGAGGCGCUGCAACCGUAGCCAGCCGGCUCGGCCCUGUGCGCACAGCAGGCCUGGCUGCAACUGGUACUGCCGGUGCACCAAGGAAGGUCAUCCGCAUUGUGUCCAACAAUGGAAGGCUGCAGGCAGUGAAUGCUGCAGGAGCAGCGGGAAUGAUGCCACCACGCCUGAUGGCUCCUGGUGUGCCAGCAGUGCGGCCCCAGGCACCUGGCGCUGUGGGGAUGCAUCCGCCAGCUAGGCUCCCAAACGCAGCAGCUGUUGGAAGAGUGCUGGUGUCAAACCUGUCGGCAUCCACAAAUGAGAACUCACUACGCCACCUUGGCCGUUCUUGUGGAGUUGUUACUGAGAUUAUUCUUGACAAGAACCAGCGUCAGGCAGUUGUCAAGUUUAGAGAACAUCAACAAGCCGUGCAAUUUCAGAAGAAAUAUCAAAGGCACAUGCUAGACCUGUCUAUGAUUCAAGUCAGCCUGCUUCCACCGUGAGGGUGGGAACAGCACUUCUGCACUUGAGGCAGAGCCACAGCAAGGAAGGAGCUGGGAUCCAAAGCCCCAGGCCACGUCCUGAGGAUGCCACCACUACAGCCUGCCACCACCAGGAUCAGUCGUUGGCACCUCUUCAAUGGUCACGACUCCCCCAGGAAAGUCCUCACUACCCGCCACAGGCUGUUGUUUGCUGCUUGCAAGCUGCAGGCUAGCAGGGCCUCUGCACCUUCUCUAGACUCUGCAAUGCACUUGCCAAUUGUGUUAUGCUCUCACUGUAAUGCUUCACUUAGCUACCAAAGGUGCAUUGCUAAUGUUAAGAGUCUUUCUGGGAGGUGGAGCUACUUGACACAGUUUGUACCUUUCUUCCUGGACUUGCACAACUGUGUUGAAGAUGAACGAGUUGUCAGGAACAGUUCGGCACUGGAACAGAAAAUGUGUGUGCGCGUGCGUGUGUGAACUGCCCGUCCCAUCUUUUUUUAUGCGGGAUUUGCCUGUGGACCAUCACUUUUAAUAUGGACAGGCGUUAUCCAAAGACAUUCAAGUUUGUGCGACUGAACUUCAAGUGUGCUGCUUACGUGAGGCACCAGACAGUUAGAUGCGGAAGGGUGAUCACACGUAGGUGAAUGUCCCGUUGGUUGAAGGUUUUGCAGGAAGGCUUCAAGUUUCCAAGAAACUUGGUCAUUUUUGCGCUGUACAGGAUUCAUUCAGUGCCGAGGAUUUUGUGGAGACUUUAGAACUUCGAAGAAGCAUCCAUUGAAGACUUCUUGAGGCUUUUUCUUUUGGCGACUUUCGGGAAACAUUGCCCUUUGGUCUUUUAAAGCUCGGCUUACUUCAGUAUGCAUCUAGUUCACCAAGACGUGAGAAUAAAAAAAGCAAAAGCUCCAACAAAGGAAUAUUUUUUUUAUGAGCUGUAGGCUGAGGUUUUUCUGCAUUAGAGGAUGGCGCUUAGGGGAAGUUUUUCUUCUCAGAAUUGGGCUAGCUAUUGGAAACUGAUUUCUUGAAGGAUAUGUGCACAUCUGUCCUUUCUUAAGCUCUGAGAUGGUAUGUUUCUUAAGCUGCUGCUAUGUUAGUAAUACACUUUUAUGACCCACCAAUGCUGGUAAAUGUUUAACGUAAGGUAGGACCUUGGAAAUAUGUCGUUUUCAAAAACCUUAUCUGCACUGCUGCCAGCCACUAGGUUCCAAAGUCAUAGUUGUAUAACACUGCUGGACUUCAGUUAUCUCUCUUUCGGUGCUUGUGGGAAUAAAUGGUAGUUUGCGAGCAACCGCUAUUGUAUCGCUUACACAGCAUUCCGUGCAGGUUGUCUUUCAGUGAUACUUUUCUUGGGUGUCAAAGGACAGGUAUCUCUCGCCUGCACACACCUCUGGCCUUUUGUUUGAAGGUUCUUCUUGGUCCAUUUCCAGCAAUUUAGAAAGAAUUGUAUGUGUUCUUGGAUGGUAACUCUAUUGGAGCAUUCUGCAUGCAUUUUUUGCUGCAGUUAUUAGCUUCUGUUGAGUGGCUUUCUUAUCUUGCUACCUGAGAAACCAAAAUAUAAUUGAAAGCAUGCUUGUUGGGCGUUAGUCAUUUCGUAUUUCUUCCUUGUACAAGUGUGCAUGUGUGGGUGGAAAGUCCUAAAACCAGGAAUUUCAGACAGAAGGGGGACAGUUGCAAAUUCCUGCACCUACUGCCUGAUGGUUCUCACCAUGAUAUGUGUUGCCUGUAAGAUUUCGCAAGCAGGAUAAGUAUCUGUGAAGCUUUAGAAGUAAUUAAUUGCAUUAAGACUUGCCUAGCAUGGGAAAAUGCACAACUACAGUGGAACCUUGUUAAAGUGCGCUUGAGCCAUAGUUUCAUAUUACAUGUUCGAAAUCUGAUUUGGCCACUCGCUACGAAAUCCUAUUUAGAUACCUUUUGCAGCCAUAGGUGUGUUAUACUGCACCUGACAUGCAACAACAGCUGUUCCGGUUAGAUAUCGGGAAGCACGUGAUAUGAGCGCGCGCUUUGCCUGUGCUGAUUUCUUUGUAUUUGUUGCAUCACCUUUCAGGAACUCUUUAAACUAUUCAUGAUUGCACUUCAUAGUCUCUGGAUACUAGGCUGGCACUUUUCUAGCCUCUGUCUUGAAGGAAUGUGUGCACACUUUUUGUGGUGUGAAACACUGAGAUGUAGACCACGUUUUCUCCGCAUUGCUUUAGUCAAUCUUAAGGUGAAUUUAGGGCCGAGGAGGAACAUAUUUCACUUUCAGACAACAGGCAAACGUCCUAAGAUGAGAGCACUGCGUAUGUUUGUAUACAUAAAUGCUCUUUUUCAAUGGAGUCCACAAUGCGCAGAAUAGUUCCCAAGUGGAACGGCAGCAUGUAGGUCAUGACUGCAAAGGGUUAAACCUCGUGCAUUUAAUUCUCGCUCAUAUAAUCGCGGCAUAUCACAAACAUGGCGGUGAAUUACAUACUCAUUUCAUUC